UCUUAUUGAUUUAUGUGCUUUUCUAGACUUACCUCGAUUCUAGAAGAGUUAUAUUCUUAUUUUCUAGAUUUAAAACAACAUGACUGCAUUUUUGCCACCUAAUUUGUUAGCUUUAUUCGCCGCAAGAGACCCUAUUCAAUAUUUACCACCGGUAGCCAAACAAGGCUUUGAAAAGAAACGUGUGCCGUAUGAAGGAGUAUCAGCAUUCUUGAAGGAAUUUGAGGACCCCAAGGAUACACCACCCCCUACCAGAGUAGAAACAAAAGAUGAACGUAAAGAGAGGAAGAGGAAAGAAAGAGCAGAACAGAUUGCGUACAAGCUAGAGCAGGACUUGGCCUUAUGGGACCCAAGCAAUGCUGCCACAAACACGGGAGAUCCAUACAAGACACUGUUCGUGGCUCGAAUCAACUAUGACACAAGCGAAUCCAAGCUACGCAGAGAAUUUGAAGUCUACGGGCCAAUUAGAAAGAUUUCCCUGUUGUCUGACAAAACUUCGGGAAAACCAAGAGGAUACGCAUUUAUAGAGUUUGAACAUGAAAGGGACAUGCAUUCGGCGUACAAACACGCAGAUGGUAAGAAAAUUGACGGGCGGCGUGUUCUGGUGGAUGUGGAACGUGGGAGGACGGUCAAGGGCUGGCGACCAAGGCGAUUAGGAGGUGGUUUAGGGGGAACCAGGAAAGGGGGACCAGAUGAAAAUACUCGAUUUUCGGGAAGAGAUGAGUUCAGUAGCUCCUAUCGAGACCGUACUGGCCGAGAGGAAUCUCCGAGCAGGGAUCGUCGACGACGCAGUCGCAGUCGAGAGAGGCAAGGUGAGAUAAGGCAAGAGAGAGAUCAGAAAGAGUGUCUUGGGAGAGAGGAGCAAGGCGAGAUAAGCCGAGAGAGAGAGCAGAAAGAGAGCACCCUCAGAGAGAGGAGCAAGUUGAGAUAA